ACAAAAAUGGUUUCCAUAUAUUUGAGGAAGUAACGAUUGCCACUUGUUAUUAUUGAGUUCAAAUAAGUAUAUAGCAACCUUAAAAAUUCUCAAAAUCUUGUAUAUUCUAUUCGUCGUCCCUGUUACAUUUCUGCCUGUGGGGCUUUAAGUUUCAAUUGGAGAAAAAUUCCAACAAUGUCUACUGCAACUGCUCUUGUUAUUUCCCCCUUUCUUCGUUUUCCAAAAUUUUUCAAUUCCAAAUUGGAUUUCCGUCGGAAGUUCGCUUCUUUUUCUCUGUAUACAAGACAUAAAUCAUUUCCAUUAACUAUUGCUAGAGUUCGAGCCGCUGCAGAAGAUGAGGUGAUGGGUGUCAGUUUAGAAAAAGAAGAAGCUUUCGUUGAUGGGUCCUCAAGUUCUGCUUCUGCUGGACUUAACGCCACUUUCAAUAGCUUGAGUAAGUGGCUGGUGGCUGCACUUUUUGGUAUAAUCUUUCUUUGGAGACAUGAUGCGGAAGCUCUUUGGGCUGCUUCUGGUUCCGUUCUGAAUUCUGCCCUCUCAACUGUAUUGAAGAGAAUACUAAACCAAGAGCGACCUGUUUCUACGAUAAGAUCGGAUCCUGGAAUGCCAUCUUCUCAUGCGCAGUCAAUCUUUUAUACAGUGACGUUCUGUAUUGUCUCAAUGGUAGAAUGUUUUGGGUUCAACGGCAUCACUGCAGUAAUUAGCGCACUCAUCUUUGCACUUGGCUCCUACUUUUCCUGGCUACGGGUUUCACAACAAUUUCACACAACCAGCCAAGUAACGGUGGGUGCUGCACUCGGAUUCUCUUUCUCCAUUUUCUGGUUUUGGUUGUGGGAUGCAAUAGUCUUUGAUGCAUUUAUUUCACACUUGUGGGUUCGGACUGUUGUUGUUGUUGGCUCAGCAGCCAUUUGUGCUAGCUUUCUCCUAUAUGUGAUCCGAUAUUGGGUUCUUGAGGAGAUCAACUUAUACUACUGAGAAACUACACACUAAACAUUGAACUUCCAUAUAGAAACUAACAAAACAAAGCUUAUAGUUUUAUGAGAAAAUUCUUCUCAACUUUGCUCAUUA